AUGACAACCCACCUCAAGAGCAAGCUGGACAUGCGUGGUCGACGGCACAUGGAACACUUGCCGGGCGUUGACGCGCAAUCCUUCCGGACUUUGGCCACAUCCACCACCAUGCUGUUCAGGGAUGCGUGGCGAAGAGAUGUUAUACAAUCACUAGCCCAAAUCCAGCAACAAGCGAGAUCCGCCAUUCACUACAACGAGGUCAGGGUGGCUGUGAUCCCGCCUGGCAAUCAAUCCCCCCCUUCCGAGCUGGUGCCGUGGACCCCCCUGGCUGCCCCCCUCCAGCAAAUCCUUCUUCCCAACGGGUCCCCAUGUGAGCUUGGUCGCCUCAUGGAGACAAUGCAUGCGCUGACGCAGUUCAGCCUGGGGGACCACACGGACAUCGGCACUCAGACUCAACUUCUGAGUUUGAUACAGGAUGUGCACCAAGCCCUGACACUACGCACCACAACAGCAACCAGGACGGGUGCUGCCUCUGCGGCUGCGGGUGGGUUUGGCUAUAUGCCAGAAACCAUCCUCAACACCGUCCUCCUUUGCGACAACCUCAAGGAUGUCGGCGCCCUGCGGGAGGCCGUGCAGCAGGGCAUACGCAUCGUACUCAGCCAAGCGCUGUCGGACUGCAUCGACGCUCAGCUUGUGCGGUGGAAGAUCCCAUCCUUUUCUACGAUUUAUCGCCACCGGCUGCUGCUCGACGUUUGCACCAUGAAAUACAGCAGGCUGAAGAUAUUCAAUUCCGACGGGCAGUGGUGCUGCCACAUCCGUGCAGACAGCAGCCCGCAAUUCGGCAAAGACUAUUUUGUGGUGGAAGUUGACCAUGUCAAUAUGUCCUCUGUGGACCAAACCACCACCCUGCCCGGGAUGAAAUCUCUGAUCAAGCGGCGCAUCCUCCCGCUACAGCUGAUCGGCGGUCGGGCAGCUUCAGCCGAACAUAAAUCGUUCCGUCUGACACUAGCCCUGUCAGCGGACACGGCCGACACUUACGUAACACUGGGCCGAACGUACUCCAUGGCUUUCGAUAUGGGCACGGAAGCCAAACUGCUUGUUGCACCCGAGCCCGCGGGAGGCGGAGGAGGGGGGGCGUCAGCAACGGCUCUAGCCCCAGAGCGUGAAACCUUCCAACCCUUGGAUUUAGUGCUCCCCACCAGGGUCCCCACGGGCGAGGACAACACCAUGGACGCGGUGUCCAGGCUCUGCCCAAGGGCCAUGCCACUGGGUGAUGCUGAUCACGCCCUGCAUCACACAAUGCUGGAAAUGCAGCACGCUUUCGGCGACUGGGCCUG